UGGAUCUGGUUCGGUCAGACCUUUAAUUGAGUCUUAAUUCCGUCCAGAGGUUAAAAAUACCGAAAAUACACGCCUCUCCAUUUCUCUCUCUCGACAUCAGGCUAUUUCUUCUAAACCCAAAACAAAUUUCAUUUUUCACACGUCUCUCUCUUCAAGGAUCAAGCAGCCGCCGAAUCUUUUUCUGGAUUCACAUUGUCCCUUUUGAACGUUCUUUUCUUUUCUUCAAGAAUUGCAUGUUGGUGACUGAAAUUCAAUUUCUCUAGUUGAAAUAUGAACCGUAAUUGGUGUUUAUGAAGCUCGUCCAAAAUUAAGAAACUUUGCUAUGGCUAGAAUUCGAAUAAUGAAGUUCUGUGUUGUUGAAAUUAGAGCGGCUAUAGUUUCAUAUUUGGCUAGAAUUCGGAUAAUGUAUACAUAACAGUCGGAACCAUUGCUAUAGAGCAAAGGUUUGGAGCGAAGAAGAGAAAAAUGGUGGUAAGAUUGCGGUUGUCGAGGUUUGGAUGCAAAAACAAACCUUUUUAUAGAGUAAUGGCGGCGGAUAGUAGAUCUCCCCGAGAUGGCAAACACUUGGAAGUCCUCGGUUACUACAAUCCUCUUCCAGGUCAAGAUGGUGGCAAACGGAUGGGUCUUAAUUUUGACAGGGUGAAAUAUUGGUUAUCCGUUGGUGCACAGCCGUCAGAACCGGUUGAGCGUCUUCUUUUCCGAGCAGGUGUAUUACCUCCUCCACCUAUGCUAGCUAUGGGACAAAAAGGCGGUCCACGGGACACUCGUCCAGUUCAUCCUAUGACUGGACGUGUCAUGGCAUCGGAAAGUGUCAAAGUUGCUGGUCAAAAAGUUAGUUCUGAAGUUGAUGGAGAUGACAAAGCUUAGGACCUGACUAGUUAUAUUUUAUACAUUCAACUCGAAGAGCUAAUGUUUGUUCUAAUAGUGAUCUAUUGAUAUGUGAUAAUUACAGUGCUAAUAUCUGUUUGUUGCUCUAGAUUGCUGGGGUUGAAAUUUGAAAUCCAAGGACAUAUCAGUGUUAAAGAUGUUGUUGUGUCUCUAGAAACUAUGUAAUCAUGUAUCAUUCUUUACUUUCCCCUUUUGCUUUCUGAUGGUAAUAAAUGGAUGAUGUAGAAUA